AUGUCCUUCUUCGGAUCUUCAUCUUCGACCCCCUCUUCCUCUGCGGAGGUCAAGGCUGCUAUCAUCCAGCAGUUACAGCAGGAGCAGGCUAUCACCAAUGCCCGCGCUCUGGUUGAUAGAAUCAAUGAGAACUGCUUCGAGGCCUGCAUCCAGACCCCCGGCUCCUCCACUUCCUCCGCGGAAAACACUUGCCUGUCCAACUGCAUGAACAAGUACAUCAGCAUGUGGAACACCACCCACCGCACCUACGUGAAGCGCAUGAGCAAUGAGCAAAAGACCAACGCCGCUCUCGCCGGCAGUGGCUCGGGCUUGUAA